AUGGUGCUCAGCUCCAGGAACACCAGCCCGAGUCCCAUGUCCGAAUUUGAUAUAGAAGGUGAUAGUUCCGAGAGCGAUAAUUUGGCGGAGACGAUGGCUUCUCUUACUGAGUGGGUACAAGAAUUAUCAGACUCUUUACAAGGGGUCAUAGAGUGUCUCGCAUGCAAUGAGGAUGAACAGCCCAGCAGGGUUAUGGAAAUCAAGAUAGACGGUUCUACCUUGUGUUCCAUUGCUUUCAAGUAG